AUGGUUAAAGCUGUUAUUUUCUCUGAUUUCGAUGGUACCAUCACUUUACAAGAUUCUAACGAUUUCUUAGUUGACAACAAGGGUAUGGGCAAAAAUGACAGAUUGAAAUUGUUCGAAGGUGUCCUAAAUGGUACAAAAAAUUUCAGAGAUAUUUUCUCUGAUAUGUUGGGAUCUUUAAAUCUAACUCAAGAAGAAGGUAUUGAAUUUCUAAAGGAAAAUAUUGAAUUAGAUCCAGGCUUUAAAAAAACUUUUUUGUGGGCACAAGAAAACAAUGUUCCAUUAAUUGUUGUUUCAAGUGGUACCGUCCCAGUUAUUAGAGCCUUGUUAACAAAGAUGAUUGGUUCUGACAUCGAAAAGUUGGAUAUUGUUUCAAAUGAUUUAGAAGUAAAUGAAAGUAACCAUUGGACUGUCCUCUACAGAGAUAGUACUCCACAUGGUCAUGAUAAAUCAAAAACUAUUGAUGAUUAUAAAUCGAAAUACGAAUCUCAAUUAGUUGAAGGUGAAGAAAGACCAGUAUAUUUCUAUUGUGGUGAUGGUAUUUCUGAUUUAACAGCCGCUAAAGAGUGUGAUCUAUUAUUUGCUAAGGCAGGUAAAGAUUUGAUUACGUUCUGUAAAAAGCAAAAUGUUCCUUAUCAUGAAUUCAAUACUUGGGAUGAUAUUUUAAGAAGCAUGAAGGCUGUUUUGAAUGGAGAAAAAACAGUUAAGGAAUUAAUGGAAAACUAA